UGGACACUGUGGGCUUGUGAGAGAUGCAGGGGAAAGGCCAGCGUCCUACAUAAAGAGUCCAGGAUAGGGAGCUGGGUAACACACCAGGCAUUAUACCUUUCUGCACACAUACGACCAGGAGGAGAGUGUCGCUGAGAAAGAGAGGAAAGGGGAAAGUACAAAGAAGGAGAGGCAGUGAAUAAUUUGGAAGAGAUGAAGCGCUCAUUUGAACACGAGAUUCCUUGCUGGGUUUAUGCGGGCACUCUGCUCUUCUUUUUCCACUUCCCAGUCAAAGUCAGCGAAGCACCCCUGAAGCAGGAGGCAGCACUGGAUAGUGGUGCAACAGUGUUGAAUCACUCAAUGUAUUUGGUGCAUCACAUGGAGAACCUGCUGACCUUGGGAAACAGUAGUGAUGUUAGCCUGCGGGUGCAAACCAUUAACACAGAUGAGGUGAAGGUGAUCAAAGCCCACAGUCUGGUCCUCACCCUGCAAAGCGACGUGUUUGAGGAGCUGUUGCUCAGUCGCAACAACAGCACUCUGGUUUUGACGGAAACACCAGAGUGUGCUGCUGUCUUUGACAAGUUUGUCAGAUAUUUGUACUGUGGUGACAUCUCGUUGAGGCUUGAUCAGGCCAUAUCCCUGCAUAGGCUGGCAAGCAAGUACCAUGUGUGGGGCUUGCAGCAAGGCCUGACCCAAUACAUGACUCAACAUCUUUCCAGUGAUUCGCCCACAGGCCACAUGGUUAGCUGGUACAACUAUGCACUACAAAUUGGGGACACAACCCUGCGGGACAGCUGUCUGCAGUACUUGUCCUGGAAUCUGUCCUCUGUUCUGCAGAGUGGAGAAUGGGGCUCUAUCAGUAAAGACCUGCUCCUAUCCUUGCUCCAGCGAUCCGACCUCAUUCUGCAGAGUGAGCUGGAGCUCUAUGAGGCUCUGGAGGCCUGGAUUAACCAGAACCAGCCAGUCAGCACAACAGUGGAGACUGCACUGAGAGCAGUUCGGUAUGGCAUGAUCCCCCCUCACCAUCUUUUCCGUCUUCAGAGGCAUUCACCCCACAUGGUGAAGUAUUAUGAGACUAUCCGGGAUCUCCUUUAUCUUGCUUUCCAAUUUCACUCUGCCUCACCGAUUCAACUGGCCAAGUUUUUUGAUGUCAACUGCAGUAUCUUCACCCCCCAUAACUACCUGUCCUUGUCAUGGGGUUCUCCUUGGAUCAUCAACAAUCCCACCCGUGAUGACCGUAGUUUCAGCUUUCAGACCCAGCUUGGGCCCAGCGGCCAUGACUCCAGCAAGAAAGUGACUUGGAAUGCCCUAUUCUCUCCUCGCUGGCUCCCACUCAUUGCCAGGUCUACCUACACUGAGCUGGGGGCCAUGCAGCCCACUCGCACUGAGGGGGGUCGACCCCGCAUCAUCGUAACGCCGGCUACCUCUAGCCCCAACAUUGCCGGAGUAAGUUUCCAGAAAACGGUCAUUGUUAUGGCAAAACAGCAAGGAAAAGUGAUUGUCCGCCAUGUGUACAAUUUCCACCAGAGUACAGAGGAGGCUGGGGAUUUCUUGGUGGAUGCUGACCUACAGCGCCGUGCAUCAGAGUACCUCAUCGACAGCUCCCUCUAUCUCCACAUCGUGAUCAAACCUCUCUACCAUAGCUUGCUUGUUGCCAGGAAGUGAAAACAGGAAUUUUCUGUGAUCUCAUAGUCUGUUAUCUGCCCACACAAUCACAUGCACAUUUUCCAAAGUACACUCAUAUCGCAGUUUGUGUAUGUGUCAGAUCCAUAACAUUCACAUUUUAAUUUUUGUUCAUUCUUUUGUCUUCCAGUUUUAUAGCAAAGGUUAAACAUAAAGACUGACAGACAACUGUAAUUAUCAUGGUAAUGAUAGUGGGCUUUUUCUGUAUUUCACGUGUUAUAAGAGCAACACUAAAUAUAAAUUAUUGUAUUUCCUGAGGUAUUUUAUUGUGUAAUAGUUUCCACUUGAAUUUAUGAAUCUAUGGUAUGUCAUUGUUAAAGGUAUUUGAAUAGAUCAUAUUUGGGUUUGGCUUUGAAGAAAAACCACACUAUUACAUUUAGGAAUUGUUCUUUUCUCUGCAGUCAAAUAUAAAUUUGUAGUUCAUUGCAUAUUUUGUACAUUAUUUUAUGCACCACUUAAAAUUCUAGAUGUUUUUUCAGGUUUUUGUUGUGAUUUAGUUGUCCUGACAGUUGCCCAGACAUUUAUUUCCUUUUAACAUGUAUUGCAUGUUGAUCUAUCUCUGAAAGUAAGCUCAGGUAAGGUCAAAUAAAUGUUUGACGGAUUGACAUUAUUUUUGUUUUUCUCUGUCGAAAAAUUAACUAAACAAAUCAAAAGUUUUGUUUGUUGAUAGAAAUGGUGGCAGGGCAGUUUUUGCACAUGCUGCAGUGGGCAAGCCCUUCAUUUUUUAUUUACUUUUUGCUUGUUCACAAUAGGUUAUGUACAGGUUGGUUAUGUGGUAAUUUAUUGGUGUAAAUUCACAUUAAUAUAUACCUAUUACAUAUCUGUGUAUUAUUGCUACAAAAUAUUUGAUUGUGAUUAAGAGAAAGCUGUUUUACAUUUUUUUUUUUAAAUGUAAAACAGAAAAACAGACAAAACAAAUUGUGACUGAGUGUUAUAAAAGUUCGAUUUACCUUUCAGGAAAGGCAUCCCAAGGUACAAGUGAUUCUUGUACAAAACAUAACUUCUCAUCCUUAAUUUAAAAAUGUAAUUAUUUUCGGGGUAAAAUGUUUUGUUAAUGAUAGGUUAAUGGCUCCAUGCAGCCUCGGCCUGGUUUUGUUAAAAUGGAAAAAAAAAUGUAUUACUGGCUGAAUUUGUAAAAUUUUUAGGCUUAAAGUUCUAUAUUCUCUCCUCCAGCUUCAGUUAGAGGUUGGCUCUUUUACAGCACGGAAACUGCACCUCCCAUGAGGCGUAGCACCUGACAGGAAAGACAUCAUCACGUCGCUGGAACCCUCAGCUGUCAGACUUUGGCCACCCCGGCGAAGGUUUUGUUAGCAAAUUAACUCGAACUGCUCGUCUUUAUUAAAAGUUUAAAGUUG